AUGGCCGCCGGGAAGUUACUGCUCUACGCCGGGCUCUCCUUGUCUCUUUGUGCCCUGGGCAUGCUGGCUGUGGCGAUGUGCUCCGAUCACUGGUACGAGACCGACGCCAGGAGGUACAAGGAGCGAUGCCGAAGCUUUUCCAGCCGCCGGAGGGACCCGGGUUUUAUCUACAUCCCGAACAACAGCCUGCCGCUGCGGGCCAGCCGCAGCAGCCUGCAGGACAGGGAGCUUCUGGCCCGGAACCGGAGGCAGCUGUUCGCCAUGAGCGCCGCAGACGAAUGCAGCAGGCACUAUAACUCCACCAACAUGGGUCUCUGGAGGAAAUGUCACCGGCUGGACUUCGACCAGGUCAUCGAAGAUCUCAUCCGAAAAGGCUCAUUUGAAAGAUGCGUCUACAUCAAGUACCACUACUCAUCUGCUGCCAUACCCAAAAAUCUGUCCUACAACAUCACCAAGACAAUACGACAGGAUGAAUGGCACUCCCUACACCUGAGGCGGAUGACUGCUGGUUUUAUGGGCAUGGCCGUGGCUAUCAUUUUGUUUGGCUGGAUUAUUGGAUUGCUCGGCUGUUGCUGGGAAAGAGGUCUCAUGCAGUAUGUGGCUGGCCUCCUUUUCCUCAUGGGAGGAACCUUCUGCAUUAUCUCCCUCUGUACCUGCGUGGCUGGCAUUAACUUUGAGCUCUCCCGUUACCCACGCUACUUGUAUGGCCUUCCUGAUGACAUCGGCCAUGGCUAUGGGUGGUCAAUGUUCUGCGCCUGGGGGGGGCUUGGCCUCACCCUUAUCGCGGGAUUCUUCUGCACCCUGGCUCCCUCAGUCCAGCCAAUACCCAGAUCCACCCACCCCAAAGCUCGGCAAGAGAACGGCACCGUCUGCUAAAGGUGGCGACUGUGAACAGACCGACUACAGUCAUAAAAAAUGGACAAACUGUCCGGCCAACUCAUCUAUCUACUCAUCUCUGUUCUGAUUUCAUAUUUUUAUAUUGUGUGUAUGUUUGAAUGGAUAUCUUGAUAAUCUGUUAUCUUGACCACACAAUAAAAAAAAAAGAACUUAGUAGAUAUUAUCUUAAAAAAUGAAAAAAAUAUGAUUUGCUGUUUAAAAGCAAACUUUUGACAGUGGAUGGAAAGUAGAAAAGGAGAAAGUAAAGGAAUAAACCUUUGAAAGUUGUACGGUAACCCUAAACAUAAACGAUAAUCAUUUCCCAGGGAUUCCUUCUCUGCACUGGUGAAACAAAUAGCUGCCGGUCUCAAACCAAUCAGCAGCUAAAAAUGAAGGAAAGCAUUAAAUUGACCUCAGAUCCAUCUCAUAUAAACUGGAUUUAACGGUUUCAGGGUUAUCAGCAUUGCUGUGACUGCCUUUGUGCUCCAUACAGUUAGACGGCUAAGGAAGGUGAAGACAUGACUUCCACUGUUGCAAAUUAUUGUACAGAAUAUUCCAGACAUUUUUAUUAUGGAUUGCUUUUAAUCUGAAUAGGUACAUCCCAUUCUAGACAGUGAUCCUGUUAAAUAUUUUGUACAUUAGGUUUUUAUUUCAGUUUCAUGGAAUCCCCCAUGUGGUGAACAGAUUGUUUACUUUCAGAGCAAUGCUCCUCUGCUUUUCAAACCUAUGUGCUACAGCAAGGUUGUUACAGAGAAUAAAGCUUUGCUGUCUCUUUAGGAAAACUAUUUUCAUUAAUAAAUGCAUACAGAAAUCAGGUAAGUGUAACCCCCCCAACACUAACAUAUUCGUUAUUGCUGUAUUGUUUUUUUUUUCUGUCCUUAGAGUGAAAAUCUUCUAUCUUCCAAGCAAAAUGUAUUUUUUUCCUCAUGGUGUUGAUUAUCAACUGUUAACUUGUCUGCUUUUCUUUUACCUAUGAGGGAAGUAUUCCAUAUAUAAUGUCAGCACACUUUUAGAGCUGUUCUUUCAUUCCCAGCUAAUAUCACAGUCCAUAUUAUCAUAGACCCAGAAGAAAAAUGUUGCAUAUCUGUAAAACCUUCAACAGUCUUGUCCUCAUUGAUUACUUAACACCUCAGCGUGGACAGUAUUGUGAUCAUUACGGGUCGGCAGGAGCUUGUCUUAAGACAGUAACUGGUUUAAUGUGUUCUGUAAUAAAGCUCAAACAAGCAGCAUCCUGUCUUUAAGAAAAACAAGAUGUAGUAGGAGUAAUCAACCAUCUACUCUAGAAAACAGAGCCAUGAAUGGAAUCAUUGUUUUAUAAUAUUAAAUGCUUGAACCAUACUUGUGAAAAAGACAAGUGUUGAAGUUCUCAUUUAAGGUUUACAUGUUUAAUUAAUAAAUGGAAGUAAGCAUUUGAAAACC